AUGGGCGUGUAUUCUGUUUUGUUUGUUUAUCGUUUGGUCUGCUGUAGUUUGGCCUGCGUCAAGCAGCACAAGAUGGUGUCGGGAUGCUGUGGUGUUCGGGACAAGACGGCGUUUGUGCCUCUCGCGGAGUUUAAUGAAAUCAACCUGCUCAACGAUUACAGGAUUCUGGAGGACACGGCUCGACUGACACAGCAGUCCAACAGAGACAGGGUCCUGCUCCGCAGCCGCCGGCACCCGAAGGAGGGCAUGUGGAUGAUCAGAAAAGCCAGAGCUGUCAAAGUCACCCUGAGGUUUCUGCCCAAAGUGUUCAGCAAACAUCGGGAGAACCGCACCAUCUUCAGAAGAGCGGAAGGACGGUUCUACUGGCAUCUGAAGAUCCAUUUUCCUCAGAGCGACGCGGUUUAUUCAGAGAGGUGUCCUGAUAACCGGCAGCUCAAUCAGAUUCUCAACGACUACAUUCAUCCUUCAGAAUCAGAUCCAGUCAAACGGCAGAAGUUAAAGGUGUACGUCCGCACUCCUCGGGAGGACAUCCGAGUCUUUCUGAAGUCAGAGCAAACACAACCCAACUCUCUCAGGUAUCUGGAGCUGGACCUGAAGACAACUCUGCAGGCAAACCUGAUGCAGAAGACCAUCGUGGAAUACCCAGAAGUCUUUGUGGUUCUGCAACAGCACAGUCAGCAGUACCUCACUCGCAGACCGGAGCGUUCCAAUGUGGUCCAAGGUGUUGCAUCAGCGAGCGUCACCAGAACUUCAUGUUCUUUGGCUGAACCACGCUCAGAAGCUCUUGUGCAUGUGGCGAAGAAGCCAAAAGUCUCAGAGGACGAUGAGCUGGAGGACGGAGAGAUUCGAAGUGAAGGAGAGGAUGGAAACACUGAAGAUGAUGAUGGUGACGCUGAAAAUAAACUACCUGCAAUGCAUCCUGAUGGAAAUGACGACAGUGAUGAAGAAGAGGUGGAGAUGAAGGACUGUCCUCAUAACAGUGUUCAGGACGCUCAGGAAGAUGACGGGAACCAAAACAAAGUGGUUUCAGUGAACAUCACCAGCAAAACUGAAGAAAUAAUGAUGGUUUCUCAAGGUCCUGAAGAAGCUGACAGCACUCAGACUUUCACUGAUGAUGGUAGGAGUCUGUGUGAAGACGAUACGUUUGAUAUUUCCCCUCAUGAAUGUCAGAAAAACAUCGAUUCCAGCGCUGGACUUCCAGAAGAUGAUGGUGUUCAAGAGAAAAAUGGUGCAAAUUAUGACAAAGAAGGACAGACCGACUCCUGCAUCGCCAAAGAGCGUUCCAAUGUGGUCCAAGGUGUUGCAUCAGCGAGCGUCACCAGAACUUCAUGUUCUUUGGCUGAACCACGCUCAGAAGCUCUUGUGCAUGUGGCGAAGAAGCCAAAAGUCUCAGAGGACGAUGAGCUGGAGGACGGAGAGAUUCGAAGUGAAGGAGAGGAUGGAAACACUGAAGAUGAUGAUGGUGACGCUGAAAAUAAACUACCUGCAAUGCAUCCUGAUGGAAAUGACGACAGUGAUGAAGAAGAGGUGGAGAUGAAGGACUGUCCUCAUAACAGUGUUCAGGACGCUCAGGAAGAUGACGGGAACCAAAACAAAGUGGUUUCAGUGAACAUCACCAGCAAAACUGAAGAAAUAAUGAUGGUUUCUCAAGGUCCUGAAGAAGCUGACAGCACUGAGACUGUCACUGGUGAUGCUAGAAGGCUAUGUGCAGAAGAUAAGUUGGAGAAAAACAUUCAUUCCAAUGCUGGACUUCCAGAAGAUCAUGGUGUUCAAGACAAAAAUUGUGAUAAUGGUGCAAUGCAUGACGAAGACGGAAAGACUGACACCCAGCAUGACUCCUGCAUCGCAGUUCAUCAUGCGAACGUUCAGAUUCAAGUCAAAUUGAACAUGCAUGAAGAAAACGCUGAUAUUUAUUCCAGUGGAAGUGAAAAUCAGGCUAAUAUGUGAAAGCGUAGCAGCUGAACGUCCUAAUGUUAUCCAGCAGACUGAUAAUCAGACGAUAGCAGAUAAGGCUUCAGAUAAAGACAAUAGCAAUAAUCGUUGCCAAGGCGAUGGACUGUUUUGGCGACUGAUAUGUUUUGAGCGCUGAUAACUGAUAUCAGACACGACACGCCACUGUGUUCAUAAAAAUGCAGAAAUAUUCCUCAGAGCUCACGCUGUUAUUUGCCUCAGUUGCAAACAUGAUAUUUGAUUUCUGUUAUCAAAUCACGGUCAUGUAUGAUGUAACGUGCCUUCAGAUUGCAUCAGAAAACGUUACUUUGAUAAACGGACAUACUCGGUGUUUUUCGUUUCACGUUUAUUUUCUGACUUGCGGCAGACAUUUCUGUAUUUUUAUGCCACGGUUCUUUUAAUAAACUUCUGUAUCUCGUUGUGAGUGAUGCCAGUUCGGAGUCUCUUUUCUUAUUUUUU